AUGCACUCUGGUGAUCUUGGAGAUCACAUUGGCAUGGAGAGUUGUGUUGAUUUGGGGACGGAGACUGAAUCUGCACUGUCAUCUGGCGGUGGUUAUCGAUCGGAGAAUCGGAAACGAUGGGGGGUGAGUACUAGAUCAUCAAGACUAUCCGGAAAAAAAGCGAAGGAACUUCCUCCGCCGUUACCGAUUCAAACGUCGACAGUGAUGAAGCGGUAUUACACUGAAGACGGGAGGCUGGUCAUCACGGAAGAGAAGGUCGAGAGUCCGAAUUAUCAUUUCACGGCGCACAGAUCUCACGGACGUCUCACGAUCCAACUCGUUCGUUCCGAUGAUGAGGAUAACUUUCCUUCGUGUGAAAAUGGAGAAGAGAAUGGAAUUAUGGAGGAAGAGGAUGAGUGUAGUGGUAAGGUGGCGAUGGGCGGUGGUGGUGGUGGCGACGACGGUGGAAGUAGAGUUUUAGGGAAGUGCUUUAGUUACAACGCCGCCGUCGUGAGGGCGCCGGCUACCGGAUCGUGUUUGUUGGUUAAUCAAAAUCAACUCCACGCGAUGACGCCAGUUCAGAUUUAG